AGCACACAAACCUUGCGAACCCAUAGAAAAUUCAAAUUAAAAGAAAGAAAGAAAAAGGAGAAACCCCGCUCCGGCGCUCCCCUUUCAAUCAUCCAUCUCAAAACCCUACUCUGCCUGUGGAGAUGCCGAAGCCAGCGGCGGCGGUACCGGAGACGGUGGGGCAGGCGGUGAUCCCGCUGGUCAACAGUCUUCAGGACAUCAUCGCGCGGCUGGAUGGCGACGCCGCCGCUGGUCUGGAGCUGCCGCAGGUGGCAGCGAUCGGUGGGCAGAGCAGCGGCAAGUCCAGUGUGCUGGAGGCGCUCGUCGGCCGCGACUUCCUCCCUCGGGGCCCCGACAUCUGCACGCGCUGCCCCCUCGUGCUCCAGCUCGUGCGCCAUGCGGCCCCCGAGGAAUGGGGGGAAUUUCUUCAUGCCCCCGGCCGCCAGUUCCACGACUUCGAACAGAUCAAGCGCGAGAUCCAGCUUGAAACGGACAAAGAAGCUGGAGAUAAUAAAGGGGUUUCUGAGAAACAAAUUCGUCUGAAAAUCUUUUCACCAAAUGUCUUAGACAUCACCUUGGUUGACCUCCCUGGAAUAACACGGGUGCCAGUUGGAGACCAGCCCAGUGAUAUUGAGUCAAGAAUUAGAGCAAUGAUCAUGCAAUACAUUAAGCAUCCAAGUUGUAUUAUAUUGGCUGUUUCUCCUGCAAAUGCUGAUUUAGCUAAUUCUGAUGCGCUCCAACUGGCAAGGCUUGCUGAUCCUGAUGGGUCUCGUACAAUUGGUGUUAUCACCAAGUUAGAUAUCAUGGACAGGGGCACUGAUGCUCGUAACUUCUUGCUGGGAAAUGUGAUUCCACUCAAGUUUGGUUAUGUAGGUGUUGUGAAUCGCAGCCAAGAGGAUAUCAACUUCAAUCGAAGCGUCCAAGAUGCACUUGCUUUUGAGGAAAAAUUCUUCUCGACUCUACCUGCUUACAAUGGUCUGGCACAUUGUUGUGGUGUUCCUCAAUUGGCCAAAAAGCUAAAUAUGAUUCUGCUAAAGCACAUCACAAAUAUGCUUCCAGGCUUGAAAACUCGCAUAAAUGCUCAGUUGGUAGCAGUUGCGAAGGAACAUGCUGCCUAUGGUGAUACUGUAGAAUCAGCGGCUGGUCAGGGAGUCCAACUGUUGAAUAUAUUGAGAAAAUAUUGUGAAGCUUUUUCUUCAAUGGUAGAGGGGAAAAACAGGGUAUCUACAGAUAAACUUUCUGGUGGAGCAAGGGUUCACUACAUUUUUCAGUCAAUAUUUGUCAAGAGUCUGGAGCAGGAAAUUGACCCUUGCAAGAGUAUUACUGAUGAUGAUGUCCGCACAACCAUCCAGAAUUCUGGUGGUCCAAAAGGGGCUAUGUUUCUGCCUGAGGUACCAUUUGAGAUUCUUGUGCGAAAGCAGAUUGGUCGCCUACUUGACCCAAGUCUUCAGUGUGCCCAAUUUAUCUAUGAUGAAUUAAUCAAAAUUAGCCAUGGUUGCUUAAUCACUGAACUUCAGAAAUUUCCAGUUCUUAAAAAGCGGAUGAGUGAAGUCGUUUGCAGUUUCUUGAGAGAUGGCCUUCGACCUGCAGAAACAAUGAUAACCCAUAUCAUCGAAAUGGAGAUGGAUUAUAUAAAUACUUCACACCCAAGCUUUGUUGGAGGCACCAAGGUCGUUGAACUUGCAAAGCAUGAAGUUCUACCUCCCAAAACAUCAACUUCACUAUCAGGUCAUAAGGAUGGUACUAUUGUUGGUUCCGAGAUACAAUUAACAGCUGAAAGAAGCCAAAAGUCACGUGCUGUUUUCGCAAGAGAUGCAACCAGAAGAGCAACAUCUGAACAGGCUUCUAUGGAAGCAGGAACAAGUCUGACUGGUGGUAGUCAGAUACGUAAUUCACAGGUCGGUGGGAAUUCAUCAAGCAAAUUACCCUCAAUCAUUCCUCUAAAAGAGCCACCCAUUACUUUGAAGCCAUCAGAAACUGAGCAGGAUGCAACAGAGGUAGCCAUUGUGAAAGAAUUGAUCAAAUCCUACUAUGACAUUGUGAGAAAAAGUAUUGAGGAUGCAAUCCCAAAGGCUGUAAUGCACUUUCUGGUGAACCAUACAAAGCGGGAUCUGCACAACUUUUUAAUUCGCAAACUAUACAGAGAGAACCUGCUCAAUGAAUUGAUGAGGGAAACUGACGAAGUACUUAUCAGAAGGCAGCGUAUUCAAGAAAUGCUUGAAAUUCUUAAACAGGCACAUAGGACACUUGAGGAAUUCCCCAUUGAAGCUGAUAAUAUUGAGAAGGGCUACAACCUUACUGAACAUGCAACUGGCCUGUCAAAAAUCCAUGGAGUCAGCGGGGACAGCACAAAUGGCAUUUACACAUCCUCCCCUAAUUGCUACCCUCCACAUCAAGCGUCUCAUAUGGUCCUAUAGAGCAGCAUUGCCUAUCCGCACCAGUGGUAUGUACCUGUUCCCGAUGGAGUUUCCUUUCCGCAACAGUGGACCUUGAUCCCAAUUCUUGAGGUUUUUAAGCAACAAACUUGAGAUUUACCUGUAAAUUCCAGUCUUGCUAGCGAGCAAACUGCUUUCUAGUAGAAAGCUAUUUGCUGGUAGAGAACUUUAAUUGUGUACUGUUGAAAUUGUCACAGCCCACAUCAAUGCAAUAGUGAAUAGGGGUAACAGGGUAGUUGUAUAGGACUAUAUCCAAUAUUCCAAUUUGCCUUAGGUAUCAAUUUUGUCACCAAUGAGAAUGGGAACAUACUAGUGUAACUACGAGACAUUGAGGCAAUCGCCAAGUGGAAACUUCAUUUCUGCUGGAGGGAUUCAUGCUGGACAAAACUGAUCCAUCACGCAUUCAUGCUGGAGGGAUUCAUGCAACUAUUGUCUGGCCUCCCCAUUUCUGAGGCACCAUGAGUUUUGGAGUCCAUGGAUUUUGGUUGAAUAGGUUGGAAACAAUUGCUUUCUUGGUUCUUAUCAGUAUUAUGAUUGAAAGCAAAACAAUAUCUUGUUUCUGGCAUGCCAUAAUCAUUUGACGAUUUUGGGAUAAAAGCCAAGGAGAUUGAGGCGUACUAUUUAUUUGUUUGUUUUGUAUAUUGAUGUACAAUAUUGUAGGCUAGACUGAUCCUUAUUGUUGGCCUUGGAUCUUUUUUUUACUGUUGUGUUUUGUUCAUCUAAAUUCCAGAAUAUCUUGGAACUACUUGGAAGUGAGAAGUCUCAUUUACGAGUGCUUUUUAUCGAAGUGUUUUUCUUUU